UUUUGUUUGAACGACUCCGUUCAACGGAUUCCCUUGACGAUAAAUUGGGAUUUUGACGCAUUUUAUUUUAUUUUAGGGAAUUGUCCAGGAAUUUUUGAACCAUUGAGUGUAACAAACACAGUGUGAAAUAUUUUAUGUGUGUAGUGCCAAGAUGACGUCGGAAAAAGGCUCUCGGAGGGAUAAAAACCAGAACAUCCAAGUGUUUGUUAGACUAAGACCUCUUAACCAGAGAGAGCGAGACAUAAAGUCCCUCGGAGUGAUAGAAGUAGUGAACGGGCGUGAGGUGGUGGUGCGUCAGUCACAGCAGACCACGCUCACUAAGAAGUUCACAUUUGACCGUGCCUUUGGACCUAAUACUAAACAGAUUGAAGUGUACCAACAAGUAGUAAGUCCAUUGAUAAAGGAGGUGCUAUGCGGCUACAACUGCACGGUGUUCGCCUACGGGCAGACAGGCACCGGCAAGACGCACACUAUGGUCGGCGAGAGCACCGGCGAUGAGAACGUCAACUGGCAGAAUGACCCUAUGGCCGGCAUCAUUCCCCGCGCUCUCAGCCAACUAUUCGACGAGCUACGUAUCUCGAACACCGAGUACACAGUCCGAGUGUCAUACUUGGAACUAUAUAAUGAAGAAUUAUUUGAUCUGCUGUCUUCUUCUGAAGACAACUCGAAGCUUAGGAUCUAUGAGGACGUUACUAGGAAGGGAUCUAAUAUUGUUAACGGAUUGGAAGAGAUUACGGUAUACAACAAGAAUGAAGUAUACAAGAUUAUGGAACAGGGCCAAGAAAGAAAGCGAGUGGCUUCUACACUUAUGAAUGCACAAUCCAGCCGCUCCCACACAGUAUUCACCAUCGUCGCCCACAUGAAAGAGAACAACCAAGAGGGCGAAGAGCUAGUCAAGAUCGGAAAACUGAACCUGGUCGAUUUAGCCGGCUCUGAGAACAUCAGUAAAGCUGGCUCUGAUAACCCUGCAAAGAAAGAGAGGGCACGAGAAUGUGUGAAUAUCAAUCAGAGUUUGUUGACGCUUGGAAGAGUCAUUACAGCUUUGGUGGAAAGACAUCCUCAUAUUCCAUACAGAGAAUCCAAGCUCACCCGAAUCCUCCAAGAGUCCCUCGGAGGCCGCACCAAGACCUCUAUCAUCGCCACCAUCUCCCCCGGCCACAAGGACCUGGAAGAGACCAUGAGCACCCUGGAAUAUGCCCACCGAGCUAAGAAUAUCCAGAACAAGCCGGAGGUGAACCAGAAGAUGACCAAGACCGCCAUGCUGAAGGAGUAUGCUGAGGAGAUAGACAAGUUGAAGAGGGAUCUGCAGGCAGCUAGGGAUAAAAAUGGCGUCUGUAUAUCCAGUGAAACCUUCGCCGAAAUGAACCUCAAAGACGAAGAGCAACGCAAGGAAAUACAAGAACUGCUCCUAAAGAAGCGCGCCAUGGAGGAGGAACGGGAUCGUAUGGAGACAGUCUUCAAUGAGCUGAACCAGACGCUGCAAGAGAGAGUGUCCGAGCUGAAUAGUACGAGAAAGGCUAUGCAGAGCACGAAGGAAAAGCUCGUUAAUACUAAGAAUGCACUUGUAACCACGAAAUUCCAAUGCGAGGAGCAAAAACAUCUAGUCAGCAGACAUCGCGCCACUGAGGAGGAAUUAACCGCGCAAGCCAAAGAUAUCAUCGCUGUCGCCGACACCGCUGCGACACACGUGCACAACCUGCAUGAGAACGUCGACAAACGCAGAAUGGUGGAAUCGAGGAAUAUCCAGGUGACACAGAGCUACCGUCAGCAGGCGGGUGCGCUUCGUAGCGAGGUAGCGGGCGGCACGCAGAGCUUCAUCGAUUCACUGGCACAUGCCCUGCAGGCUUUACAUCAACAGACGGACAGCUACACGACGAGUAGCACAAGCAGCAUGGAACAAGAUAAAAAGAAGUUGGAAGAGCUUGCACAGAAAAUUCUUGAAACUACUAAUGAGACGUCAUCAACGGCUACUAAUCAAUACGAGACCUUCGUAAACGUGUUAUCUCGAGCACGGGAGGAGCUGACGGCGGGCCCGGCCCGCCUGCACGCGCCGUGCCGCGCCGCGCUGCGGGGCUGCCUGCAGCGCGCCGCCGAGGGGAAACAACGCGUCACGGAAUGGGACGCGCCCAGGGCCAUCGAGAAACUAGUGCAAGGAUGGUUGAACGACAGCACGGAACGUGUCGCAUCUCUCCGCCGCUCGCACGAGUGCUAUCACAGGUCCGCCGCCGAAGCGGAAUCGAGGCGCGCUGAGUUACACAAGAGACAACGCGACGCUCGCCGGCAACGGGUGUUGAAGGCCAGCGGGAGAAUCGACGCCGCUUUAACUCAACUACAAACUGAAAGAUCUCAACUAGAAAACCGUCUCACCAAACAACUGUCCGACAUCGAACAAGAGCGACGAGAGAGCGAAGCUCGUUUAGAACGCUGGGCCGAGGAAGAGAGGCUACGACUGGCGCGACACGUCGAGGCCGAGCGACUAGCUCUAUACGCCAGGCUGGACAAGAGGAUAGCUGAUGUUGAAGAAGAAAAGAAGACUGUGGAGGAACGGGUCAGGAAUAUAGAGUCAUGGCGGGCGGAGCAAAUGACGGCCGUGGAAGAGGAAAACAAAAUGGCGGACGCUGACCUAGCGGAGUGCGAGGCCGGCGGAAAAGAGUGCCUCAAAUGCAUGGACAAGUACGGCAAGGAGCUUGUCGAAGGCACGAUCGCGAUGAACGCGGACUCCCGCGCGUUCUCCGGCAACAUCGUGCAAGUGACGGAACAUUACAACAAGGAGCUGUUGGACCUGCUCACGCAAGCCACGGAACAGAUCGAGCAAGAGGCGAAUACAGCGAUCGCGUCAGGAGAGCAGAACACGCAACAACUGUGCGUGCGCACCAACGACACGUUUGACAGUAUUCUGACUGGCAAUAAACAGCUGCUGGAUGCCGUCAUACAGAAGAUUGAGGCCUCAGCCGCGGCGACCGUAUCCUCAUUAGCCACCGUGUCUUCAUCCACAUCCGGCCUCAUACAACACUCCCGUACGGCUCUUGAAGCCCACAGCAUCUCUGUAGAAGACAUGUUACAACGGACCAACGUGUUCCAUGAUAACUUACGACAGGCACUCGCUCAGCAAGAACAAGUCGAGGGAAGGGCGUUUGGGGAGGAGUUCAAGUUGUAUUCACCCACUGGUAAGACGCCGGUGCGGCAGGAGUACCGCCUGCCACGCACGCUGGCGGCCACGUCGCCGCACGAGCGCAUCCUCGCGCGCUUCCGCGCCAGCACGCAGAACGGACACGACGAGGAUUGCAUAGUGGUGGAGUCGGACGUGGAGACCCGGCCUGCGUCGGACAGCGAGUGCUCCGUGUCCGAGGACUCCGCGCUGUGCGAGUUCACCACGCCCUCCCCGCCCGCCGAGCUGCGUGCUCCUCCCAUUGUCAAGUGUACAUCGGAAACUGAUAUAUAUUAUAGAAAGCAGCCCGGUAAAGAAAACAGCACGAUCCCGGCGUACAAGCCCGUCUCGCACAAGAAGACCUCCCGUCUGCCCGCGCCCACCAGCCACAAGAAGCCACUCAUCGAGAGGAACGACUAACAGCAAGUUGCACUAACCUUUAUUAGCGAUAACAUCACACUUAUGUACACUUUGGAUACACCGCAUAAACAUUUGGUUAUUUUUACCAAAGAGAUGAUUGUAAUAGACAGGAAAACGUGCCAUCUAGUUUGACAGCCGAAACAGAUCGCUCUGUAUUGCGCCACAUGUUUUGUGGCCACUGUCUAACGUCAACUUAGGACGAUCAGAGUUCGCAUAAUGUACGGAGCUGCACAGCGCCAUCUUGUUUAGCUGUCAAAUUCGAAGAAAAACAUUGUCUUAGACUGUCAAUCAAUGUAUCUUUGAUAUUACUUACAUUCAGUACAUUUCAUAUGAAAUAGUUUUAAUUGUAGUCAAAUCCCAUUUAUCGUUUUACAGUAUUGACUUUUAAUGAAAGUUUUACCAGAGACAUAGUCUAGCCAAGUGCCGCCCACCAUACAAAAUUAUAGCCAAGAAAGUUAGAAUCUUGUUGUAUUUUCAAUUAGGUUGAAUUUCAUUAGUUCGAAAAAUUUACGAGACAAAUGAAAUGCUACCUACUUUGUUUUUAAUUAAGGUUGACAUUCCAUCGAAACUGAGUGUACAUCCUAAUGUACAUUGGGCGACACGAGGCUAGUUAUAAAUCGUACGAAAAAACACUCAAGUUAGCGACAAUUAGCAGUUUUCGAAGAACGCUGUUUUAUAUAGAGAUUAACACUAUUUAUUCUCUCCUCUCUGGUUUAACUGCUAAAUAACAACAAUUGACUUAGGGUGGUAUGCCAUUUGUCCAAUUUCUCUGUCCAAUGUCAGUGCGUCUCACUCAUCAAAGCAAAAUGUGAGACGCAAUACACGUUGGACAAAGUUGGAAAGGUGGAAUACCACCCUUAGACGGUCGGAUAGAAAGGUUUGGUAUGUUAUACUUUAAACAAUUAUUUUUAGUAGGUAAUUAUUGAAAAUACGCGUUUUCGAUUGUAAUUAUGUUUUUCUAAGGAUAUUUACGCGUGAGACCGAACAUUGAGUCGUCAAAUUUUCACAACUUUUUUAUAUAUUUAAAUAAGGCAUAUAUUUAGCUUUUUAUUCAUAUCUUAAGCGGCGCGUUUAUAAGCGUUAAUUUUAUUUUUAAAAGCAAUUAUUUUGGAUUAUGUAACAACAAAGUAUAAUACAUAGCAAACGUCUGAUUAUUAUUCAUUUAUUUUGACACAUUGAAAUUAUGGGUAUGUUUCAAAUAUUAAUUUUAGAUAAAUAAUAAGUUUAAUUUUCGGCAGUGACAAUCUAUGUAUCUUAUCUUUCCCCUUAUGCUGGCAUUUAUAAAAAUACUUAUAUUGAAAUACAGUGUAAUAAAAAGUAAUGAGAAAAUACGUACAAAUAUGAAUCAUUACUCUUUCGUAACUAUGAGCCAUAAAUUAUAGUAACUUUGUUAAAUACUGACCAACAAUUUCAUAUUUACUGGCUAUGUGCAGCGCGUGGUGGGGGAACUAAGACCGACUACAGCUCGUCGUGGUAAAAUGUACAUAGUUUUACAAGUAUUUUGCGCUUUUGACAUACAUACACUGUAAAGUAACUAACGUGGGUCGUAGCCGCCAGGUGGCGCCGCAAAUUGCAUAUAGCCAAUAAUAGUUAACCCUUUGAACGGCACGCCUAUCGUGCGCGGCGAGUCAUCGUGAACCUUGUAGGAAUGCACGAAGAUUGAUAUUGGGCUGCACCCGCGCGCGUCCUUUGACGUCUUUGGCGGUGAAAGGGUUAGAGACAGCAAAGAGAAUUUUAAAUAGAGAGUGUCAUGGCAACUUAUGUAGCAACAGUACAUUUACUGCCAUCUUUCGACAGAAGAUUAAAACUGUUAGAACGCCAUUUGACUUUCAUCAUUAUUCUUUCACUGAUAUGUGUUAAAUAUUCGAUAUCGACACUAGGCCAAAGGUAUGGUGCAAUGUUUUCGAGCGAUGGCGCCAUAACCUUCAGCCUACGCUCGAGUAGAUGGCGUUAAUAUUAAUAUUUAACAAGUUAACACAUAUCAGUGAAAGAAUAAGGAUCAAAGUCAAAUGGCGUUCUAACAGUGUUAAUUUUCUGUCGACAGAUGGCAGUAAAUUUACAGUGGCUACAUAAUUUACUUUGACAAUCCGCCUCUAUACACUCUAUUCUCUUUAGAGACAGUGACACUAAAUAUUGGUAAGUUCAUUUUAUUCCUGGGUAAGUUACGAACAUUUAUGUAAGAUAACACGUAUCUUCGCGCUAUGUAUGUGCUUGACAUGAAGAUAUGCUGUUUGAUGAAAUUGAUAUUGCUAUGAUUGUGUACGUAGAUUUUUACUCGA